GACCGGUAUAUAAACACCUAGAAAAAAGCCAGAAAAACUCUCCAAUAUUCCCGCACAUCCGACUCAUUGGCAAGCACAAUCACUGCUUUACUUUAAUCGAAAUGUUGCGAUAAGCUGUACCUGCGAGCACGAUUUCGAUGGUCAUCGGAACAAUCAGCAUUCUUUGUUCGGGCGAAAUGACUGAUUAAACGCAUAUACCUAUGCAUCAUAGAAAAUUCUCCCAUAUUCCAGCAUUCGUUAGUGAGGUGCAUCCGUCUCCGAAAAAAACAUGAAGAGGAACCUUUUGAGCCGUCUGUUCGGGAACAGGAUAUAUCAGUAUUUGGCAGCUGUCACAGCCACUUUGUGCAUCCUUUCGUCAGAAAUGCACUUCGGUUGGAGCUCCCCCUCCAUUCCGGCCCUCACGAAGGGCACCUACAAAUUUCAGAUAAGCAGCAACGACGCUUCUUGGUUGGCCGUCACCCUGCUUCCAGGAACCAUCUUGGGCGCCGUCAUCGCGGGUACCCUUACCGGGGUCUUGGGGAGGAGGAAGGUCAUCCUGUUCACCUCCGUGCCCCUCUUGACGGGGUGGAUCAUGAUAGGGCUGGCUAGGAACGUCGCGACGCUCUACGUGGCCAGAUUCGUCGCCGGGAUAUCCAGCGGGCUCUCCUUUUCGACGGUGCCGAUGUACCUGGGGGAGAUCGCCGAACCGCAGAUUAGAGGUAUGUUGGCCUCCCUCUGUCCGGUCUUCGUCGUCUUGGGCAUCCUCAUCGUCAACAUCUUGGGCAACUUCUUAGCAAUCGACACGGCCGCGUUCGUCGCCUGCAUCUUCCCCUUGCUCCUCUUCGUAACCUUCGUCUGGAUGCCGGAGAGCCCCUCCUUCUUGUUGCAGCACAACCGCAUCGGGGAGGCCAGGGCCACUCUGGAGAUGCUGCGAGGAGAGGAAGAAGCAGUCAAAGAGAUGGAGACGCUCACCAAGAACGUCAUCGAGGAGUCGAAGGACAAGGGCCUCAUCAACUACUUCUUCCUGGAUAGGGUCAACAGGAGAUGCGCCUUCGUGGCAUACGGUUUGAGGUCCAUCCAGCAGUUCUGCGGGACCACUGCCAUUACGUUCUAUUGCAAGACGAUCUUCGAGGAUGAAGAAGAUUUUCUUCCUGCGAACGUCACGACCAUUCUGUACUUUAGUUUGCAGCUGAGCGUGGCGUUCGUAGCCAUUUUCGUCGUAGACUAUUUCGGGCGCAAGCCACUCCUGAUUGUCUCCAUCAUAGGGUCUUGUUCAACCCUUUUUCUCAUGGGCGUUUACGAGUUUCUAAAAGCUAGCACUGAGAUCGACACUGACCCUUUCAAUUACGCUCCCUUAUUGAUACUCUUCGCGAACAUCAUCUUCGUGAGUAUCGGGGUGAGGAACAUACCACUUCUUAUGAUGGGGGAGGUCUUCUCCCCGAGGGUAAAACCAUUGGCGCUUUGCUUCGGCACCAUCUACUACAGCUUGAUGGCCAUGCUUUCCGCCAAAAUUUUUUAUUUGACAAAGGAGGCCUUCGGAAUGUACGUGCCCUUCAUGGUAUUCGGAACACUCACGUUUUUGAGUUUGUUCUUCGUCAUAUUCUAUGUUCCGGAAACCAAGGGGAUGAGGCUGGAAGACAUACAAAUAAAGUUGGGCAAAGAGAGGGGCAUCCAAGUAACUAAAUUUUAAGCUCAAUCGUUAUAUAUUUUUAUUACGUGACAAAUUGUAUACAGUACGCGAUAUUUUUACAAGCAAAUUUCGAGUGAAAUGAAUUUUCAGCAAUGUGGAAUGUUAAUAAUGAUUUCGUGAGAUAUUUAGCAAAAAAUAUUUCGGCAACUGAGUAUUCAACUGGAAAAGAGACGUUCUGUGAUAUAAAAAAAAUUGUUUUGAUAAACAUUGUAUGAAAUAUUUUAAUUAAUAAACAAAAAAACUGAAA